GUUAAUGGAACCCAUCAUAGGUUUUUGUAUAGUGUUUCAAACAAAAUAUAAUUAUCUUCCUCUUAUCCUCCUUUUAUGGAUAAAAUUAGGAGUAAUAUGCUAUGGGUAGAAAGUCAGUUCCUCACUGCAUCUUGAUGGCCAUUUUCAAGAACAUAUUUUUAUGCCCUGAGGAAGCGUUGCAGCAGUCGACGGGGUCCUCCGGAUCUGAAGUUGAAUCGAGUGGGGUUCUUGAUACUGUUGUUGGCUUUGUAACGGAGAAUCCUGCUAUUGUAGCCAGCGGCGCCGCCAUUUUGGUUCUUCCGAUUGUUCUGUCUCAGGUGUUUGGCAAGUCUAAGCCAUGGGGUAGUGAGUCUCCGAAGAGUGCUUAUGCAAAGCUGGGGGAGGAUGCCGGUGCUCAGUUGCUUGAUAUAAGGGGGCCAAAGGAGUUUAGGGCGGUUGGCAGUCCAUAUGUCAGGGGUUUGGGUAAGAAACCAGUAUCGAUUGUUUACAAGAGUGAGGAUAAGCCCGGGUUCUUGAAGAAGCUGUCUUUGAAGUUCCAAAAAACCGGAAAAUACCACAUUAUUUAUUCUGGACAAGAACUCUGGAACUCUUCAAAAAAAGGUUUAGGAUUCGAGAAAACCAGGAGUUGGGUUAAAACCUUUGGCAUUCCCUGUUGUUUAAAGGAACUGUUUGAUGGGAACUCUGAACUGAUUGCGGGUUUGGUUACUGUAAAUGGAUUCAGAGCUGUCUAUGCCAUAAAAGACGGUGCAGAAGGAGCCCGAGGAUGGAUGGAAGGAUCUGACUCCCUGCCAGUUACUCUUGGUAUUGCUGCAGCUACUGGAUUGGGUUUAUUAACGUUCACAGAGGUUAGUUCGCAUUCCAUCGACCAUGAUCUGCCUCUUGGACUGAUUUUGGAAACAAACAUGAACACCUUCUCUUUGAAUCCAGCUUUCCUCUCCUUGACAUCUCCCUUGGACCAAAAGCAAACUCUUCAACAAGUUGAUGAAUUCUUGAACGCCAAAGUUGCUCCCAAGGAACUUGUUGAUGAGCCUCAGCAAAUAGGGAAGGCCCUCCUACCAUCUUCUGUGAAUGGCAAGGCUCUUCCAGCACCUGCAGAGGCAAAUCCAGAGCCUGCUAACGUACAGAAAGCUGAGCCAGCUCAGCUCACAACAGAACCAAAAGUUGAACCAGCAGCAGAACGCUCUCCCCAAAUUAAUUCAGUGGCCAAAACAGAAGCCAAGGCAGAAUCAGUUUCUGGAUUUCCAAAACUUCUUUCUUCAUAUCCAUAUUACCCAGACUUAAAGCCUCCGACAUCUCCCUCGCCAUCACAGCAAUAGUUGCGCACUGAAAUCAAACUUGGAUUGUUGAUCUCUAGUUUCUACCACAGAUUAUUGAUUGGUCAGGAACCAUAUAAAGCUAUCCAGUGAAUUGUGCAGCCUACAUAAUCCUAACUGAAAUUUUCCAGGUAGCAUGACGACUUGGGUUGAGAAACUAGUAACGAGAGGGGGAGAAAACAAACAAUUCUCUCACAAAAUGGAUGAUAAUGUAGUUUACCAAAACCAUCCUGGCCGUUGUAUGCAAUGGAUGCUGUAUUAUUCACCUUUCUCUAAUUUCUUGGUAGAUCCAAUAGAACAAUUUCCUGGAAAGUGCUAGUAAGUCACAGAGUAGGUAUGUUCAUGUUGGACUCAAGGAAGGAACAUCCUUAAAUGAUAUGCUAUAGAUUUCUGGUGUUAUGACUUGUGCAUUGGACU